UCUGGUGAAAAUGACAUAAUCACUUUAUUUUUUUGUUUCCGUCAACAAUUUAUGUCAAAAACAAUAAAUGUCAGCCAACAAUUUAGUAGAAUUAAGAGUUUCCGACAAAAAUUCUUCGAGUUCUAAAGACAGUAAAGAAAGUGACAAUCGUUACACGACAGUAACACAUGAAUGGUUAACGACACCAAAACAAAUUUAUAGAGGUUCACUCUUGUACGAUAAUCUACACGGUAGUGGAAUAUAUUUUAUUAGCAAAGACGAAAAAAUUUUCUACAAUGGUUUCUUUUAUGCCAAUAAACUGGAAGGUUACUGUCAAGUGUUCUAUCACAAAGACGGUACCAACUUUCAAGGAUUAUUCAAAGAUAAUAGAAGAUUUGGACCUGGAGUUUUAACUUAUGCAGAUGAAAGCCAAGAUAUUGGUUUGUGGGAUGGAUUUUCGUUAAUGCGCGUGGGAAAAAAUAAUAAUGGUAUUCCAACACUUUCCGUGAGCAAUGAAGGACAUAUUAAAAUACUAAAAUACAGGAAUUUAGUAGACGUCUGUCCCCAAGAAGUGCCGGAUAUAGCAGAAGAGUUAUUAAAGAAUUUAGGCGCAAGCACGACGGUCUUGCAAAAAUCAAAAGAGUUAUAUAGCAGAGACAUAAAAAAUAAAAACAACCUGUUUUUCAACAAAAAAAUGUACGAUCUAUACUAUCCAGAAAAAGUGCCUACAAUAGACAUAUUAAUAGAAGAACAUUUACCGCAACAAAGCAACAGAAACGAUGACAUAGAACCGGAAUCGGAACUAGAUAUAGAAAACGAAGAUGAGGAGCGAAAAACGAAAAUACUCUCCAAAAAGGUUCAAAUGUUAAACGAUCAUUUGGACGAUGUUGGAAACAAAUUAAAGGAAAUUAAAGAAGGAAUCGUAAUUAUUACUAAAAAUAUCGAAUACUGUAUUAAAUGCUGCGAUAUACCAGAAGAAGUGGAAGAAAUACAAGAUAAAGAAAAUGAAAAAGUGGUGAAAGAAAGUGAAGAACUCGUAAUGGAAAUACAUAGUGUAUGUGCAAUACCCACUAAUCAAACCUCUUCAUAUAGUAUAUUAACUACACUCCCAUCUAGUCAUAUUAUGAACGCGCCCGAGGUAGUCGAUACAGAACAUGCAUCAGACGAAAGUGGAUCGAUAAAAAAAUACAUAGAUCAAGAAUGCGUAUGCCUGGAAGAAAUGGAAAUCGAGGACGUGGCCGAACUGGAAGAUAAAUUAAAAGUCUUAAAGAAAGAAGAAUUUUUCUACGAACAAAUUCACAAACAUUUAAAUUUAGAAAUUGAAAAAAUAUUACGUACCAUGAAGUGUAGGAAAACCAUUCGUACGCAGAAAAUUGUAGUAUCAGAAAUUUUGGCCUGGAAUAAUGAACCGUUAAUUGUUGAUAUGUUGAAACAUAGUUUUCUCCAUAGAAACACCGAACAUAUGGUCAAUUUUCGAGUUCCUGCUAUAUUGUCUGGACAUAGGCAAGGUUUUACUAAACCUGGACAACAAGAAACGAAAUGCUAUGAGUUUUUUAAGGAAUGUAACACAGGAACACCAAUAAAAGUUAUAAAAUACUUUCGUGAACACAAAGUUAACGUCAAUGUUACUGACGCGAAAGGAAAUAGUGGACUGUUCUAUGCUGUCGUUAACAACAAACUGGAAGUAAUUAGAGUGCUGGUUCAAUUUGGAGCAAAUCUAAAUCAAAUAAAUGAUGAUGGUUUAACGCCAUUAAGCUUAACAUUGUUAAAUUAUUUGGCACGGAAGCAUUAUAUAAUAAAUUGGGAAUGCGCUUUCAUUCCAGAUACUGUUGUUUCCAUAGAAGAUCAACAGGAACUGAAAAGUUGGUUUCCAAGUAGAUCGUUCUUAUCUGUCACCGGAACCGGCACUAAAGCUUCAACUUUUUCAGUGGGUAAAAGAACAGUACCAAAAAUAUCAUCUCAAGCCAGUUUGAAAGCAGUAUUCUGUAUUUUUUCCACAAAAUUUCCUAAUUAUCUACCAGAGGAACCAAAAGAAGCCUUAUCUUGCGAAGAGUUGGUUAAAUUACAAAGCGAGCAGGUGAAAUUGUCUUUAGCUUUGAUCGAGAAUUGCAUUAAAACGCUCAUUGAUUUUGGAGCGAAAACGAAUUACGGAGAUUCGCCGUUGCCUACGUUUUUAAUCAGCAUCUAUACAGAAAAUUUUAAUAUUGUAAAGACGUUCCUGGAAAACGGAGCUAAUGCUAAUCUAGUCACUCCCGAUGAACAUUUAAAUGGGCUUCACAUAUUGACUAGCAAUAAAUGUACCGAAGAAAAUAUUUCUAUCAGCACCUUACUGAUCAGAUAUAAAUGCGAUGCUAACACAAGAACUAGUAAUACUCACUGGUCUGAUCAAAAACUGAAAUUAACUGUUAAUGCGCCUUAUAAGGAUGAGAUUGAGGAUAAUGGAAAAAAUGUCUUACACAUGCUCUGUAUGCGAACAGAUUUUCAAUCAGACAACUGCGAAUAUUUUCAAAAAAUGGCGUCGUUGCUUCUAAAUAAGGUAGACGUAGAGGCUACUUAUUUGGGAUUAGACGCUUUGAGACUAGCUAUGUUAUCAGCAAAUUUAAAACUCGUUGAUCAUUUGCUACGCUCAGGUCUUUUUGAUCCUUACACAAACGUACCUCAUGAGGGAAAUGUAUUAACUAUGUUAUUAACGGAUAGAUUUCAGAAUAUUUUACCACAAGAUGUUAAGAAGGAAAUAAUUGAAUUUUUGAUCAAUAAUAAUGUAAACCCGUUAACACCAUUCGAUCAAUACGAUAAUGUUAUGGAUUACAUUACCAGAGAAAUUAAACAAAAUGUCGAUAAAGCCAAAGAUAAAUCGUUGAACGAGUUAGAGGAAUUAUUGAAACAAUUUAUGUAUUAUAAUAUUUUUGAAAAUAUCGGAAUGCAAAUUACUAAUCUGUUGUACGACUUUGCCGAAGACCAAAAACUAGACAACGAAUAUCUAAAGCCUUUACUCAAGUAUGUUACCUCUGCAAAAUGUUUGGAAAAUCUUAAGUUGCUCUUCAAUCAUGGCCGCAUUCAGUCAGAACGAUUCGAUAAAAAUUUGAUACAUGAAGUGAUAGAAUACAUUAUUAAGGAUGUUCCAACUAGACGACUUUCUCGUAUUAAUCAAAACGAUGCACCUUUGGACCAUGGUCAUUAUGAGUCUCUUAUUGAAGAAAUUGAUUUUAGAAAAGCUAUUUCGGCUGAAAAAAAAAUUAACCUUGAACCACCUGGACUGGACGAUCAAAGCAAGUACUUAGUAUGUUUCGAAUGCUUCUCAAAAACCAACAAAAUGUACUCUUGUCCCAAAUGUCGAUUAAUUCACUUCUGUGGAAAAAAGUGUUACUUAAAUAGUCUGAAGAGAAAAACCAACAAACAUCCUUGUCAAGUUAAUAUGUUUGUUGAUGACGACCCUAAUGAUUUUGAAAAUAGAGAAUACGACAUAUUAGAAGAAUGGAGACAAGUAAGAGCUUCUUGUAAAAAAAGAUUAGACAAAUUGCAAAAAGAAGAAGCCUUAAAACUAAAACUGGAGCAAAACGAAAAUAAAUCUUCACGCGAGAAAACAAGGAAAGAAGGAAGGAAAACCAAGAGCGUUUUGAAAACUCCAACUUUGAUAACGUGCAUUCAUAAAAAUAAUAUAGCAAAGGAUGACUUAUUAGUAGUAUCUGAAAAAUUACACAGAUACAGUAAUAUAUCGGAAAAAAGAUAUGCGUCCAGUUGUACCAAAGAGACUGCUGUUUCAAGUAAUGUGAGAAAAAGUCGUACAGGUAGCAAUGAGAUUGCGCCUGAUUUAAAAGUUGAUAAAUCAUCGGAAGAAGCUCUGAAAGACACCAUCACCUCAAAAAAGAUGGAUAAAGGAAUUAAACGGGAUAAUUCUAAUGCAACAGGUAGACGUGACAAGUCAGCAAGCUGUAGAUUUCCAUGUAACAUGGCUGUAUCCGAUAUCCUUUCGAAAUAUCCAGAAACAAUUGUGUCUUCUCAUUUCGAACCGCUACCAAAUUUAAAGGAACCAUAUCUCAUUAGAAAAACCCGGAAAGUACCUGCGAAGCCGCAUUUUUUCAUGGAGAUUUUAUCUAAACUAUUUCCUGAUAUACAUUUAUCAGAACUAUUAUUGCCGUACACCUGCUAUUCAGAUGGGGGACAUUUAUAUUAUGAGUUCAAGAAUACCAAUCUAUUUUGCAGAAAUUACAGCAUUUUAUAAAACAAAACUUAAAAAAAUUCUAUUUGUUGGUAUUAGGUGAUAAAUAAAAUAAAAUAAAGACGCAACACAUUGUAUUAUUUAUUAAAACUUUUCAUAAGAAAUGAUUGCUUGAGUGGGCUUCUCAUGUUUAACUUAAAUAAUGUCAUGUAUCCAGUCUAUGUAUUUACUCAUUCGUAUGUAUACUGUAGGAUCACUAUUAUCGCAUAUUAUUGGUACACGUUGUACCAUGCCUACUAGGACACCAUCUAUGACUAAAGGACUGCCUUCGUCACCAUGACAUGCUCCAACUCCAC